CGACUUCUUCUUGCCGCCGUGUGUGAAGUACACCAUGAACUCCUCCCUCCACGAUAAAGAAAAAUCAUAUGUUUUCGGCUAUCGAAAAGAGACACCUAUGAUUGACGAACUGGCCAUGAUUUUCGAUCGGGAUUACACCGAUAGUGUGGGAAGUGCGGCCAGGGGAACCACCUGGGCGCAUGUCCCUUCUUUCCACUUUGCAUGCAUUACACUACUCGCCGUUUCUGUCCGCUUGCGGCCCCAAAAGUAGCCCGGCCGCAACGAUGCCUACCGGCCGGCCUGAAAGUCUGGAACAGUGGUCCAAGUUUCAGAUGAACUGUCCAGGUCGUGUUUGAGCUUCAACCUACACAGUAAAAAUUUCGAGGAUCACCAUUCCAAGCCUGUUAGUGUACGGUCGAUCCGGGGCUACCAGUUGCCGCUUGCCUGCCUGCCGCUGGUUUGGUAAAAGUGGCUGAGGUGUGAAUAACGAUACUACCUUUACUCAGGGCAGAUCUUCUCUUGGGGUAACUUUCCAACCACAUCUUACCUUUGAACCCCUUAGUUUUGCCAUUUAACCCAUCUUCCCACGAUCGACUUUCAGUAAAACCAUACCGUGAAGGGCAAACUUGAUCAUACAUUUGCAACGAACGUUGUUAGUCGGAAGGAUCUGAACGAUUUGGUCGCCAGGACAUGUCGCACUUACAGACACAUUCAGGGGAAGAAUCCCCACAGGCAACAGAACCUCUUACUCGUACCCCUUCCAAUUCCGGAUCAAACACCACUACAGCCAACGGCAAUGGACAGAAACCUGCGGGACCACGGCUUCCUCAAGCGAUCGCGCAUCGUGGGUACAAAGCCGCUUUCCCCGAAAACUCCAUGGGAGCUUUCCAAGGAGCUGUGGACGUCGGUGCACAUGCGAUCGAGACUGAUUUGCACUUGACCAAAGAUGGGGUUGUCGUACUCGUACAUGAUCCGUCCCUUAAACGAUGUUUUGGCAUAGACAAAAAGGUUUCGGAAUGUGACUGGGACUACUUGAGUACGUUGAGGACUAUCAGGGAGCCACAGCAAUCAAUCCCGAGGUUGCAAGAUCUGCUAGAGUAUCUAGGGCAACCUGGCUUAGAGUCGGUGUGGGUGUUGUUGGAUAUUAAGAUCGACGACGAUCCGGACGUCUUACUGAGCACCACAAUCAAAACGAUUGAAUCUGUAUCAACGACACGAGCCUGGAAUGAGAGAGUAGUCCUCGGUUGCUGGAAUGAAAAUUACAUCAACGUAGCUAAAUCCUACUUUCCCUCCUACCGAUUCGCCUACAUCGGCUUCUCUCUCCCUUACGCAUCCCGUUUCCUCUCCGAAGCCCACUCCAACGUCGACUUUAACCUCAUGCAGCACAUGCUCGUCGGUCCCAUCGGCGCCCGCUUCAUCAGCAAGAUCCGCAAGGCGCAACGGAAGCUCUACAUUUGGACGGUUAACGAGGAACGGUGGAUGGAAUGGGGGAUACGGAAGGGGGUGGAUGGGGUCAUCACGGAUGAUCCAAAGUUGUUUCUGGAGGUUUGUGAGAGGUGGUCAGAGAAAGAAAAAGAGCAAGUAGGGUCAGGUUCAAACAGGGGAGGAGAAUUGAAGAAUGUCAAGAUGCAUGUAAAUGCGUUCAUGCUGCAGAUCUUGGCGGUUAUGUUUAUUUGGGUUUAUUGGCCAAGGUUGGCAACGAAGGGAAAGAGGAAACAGGAUAAGGAAGGGCCUACGACGUUAGUAUGAAUAAAGCGUGGCUGAUGAACAAGUGGUGGUGUUUGGGGAGACGAGGUAAUGAUUAAUGGGGGGUGGGGUUUUGACUUUUGCCUUCUGUUUCAUGAUCAGUAGAUGUAGACGUUGUUUCUCGGACAGGAUAGAUUGCCGACGUGAGGUCGAUUUCGGGACGCUUGGGAUGUUUGGUUCAGAUCGGUAGCUUUCUCGUCCAAGCGGGAGAGGUAUUCUACAGGAGCGGUUCCGCGGUAUGUAUCUCAAUGGAUGUGUUACUUUUAUCCUUCCUCGGAACCAACG